AAAAUGGCGUCGUCACCUUCCAACUAUCCCCGCUGCUAUUGGUUGACUGACAUUGUUGGACCGUUUUCAUUGGUUUCUUUCUUUUAUUUUGACAGGUUACUUCCUGAAGGUGCUCACGAGUUGUUGUCGCGCGCUAAGAGCUGUUGAGAGGGUUGUCAACAAUAGGUCACAAUGGCUGACAGCGCCGAAGUUACACCUGUCGUGAGCUGCCAGCCUCCUUGUCCUGGAAAAGAAGAGCAGGGAGGAGGAGGAGGAGAAGGUGAAGGUGGAGGAUCCUCAGAAAGGGACGCAGGAGGUGGUUUGACUGAUGCUCAGAAUGACGUGUUGGAGAAAUGUCUCCAUGCUCUCAAACACGCUAAAAAUGAUAGCCACACAUUGGCUGCACUUCUGCUGAUCACUCGUUUGUGUCCAGCAAGCCAACUAGACAAACCCACCUUGAGGCGCAUCUUCGAGGCAGUCGGCCUCAACCUUCCAGCUCGGCUUUUGCUGACAGCAGUCAGGGGGAAUGACAACUCCGGUUUACCCCCACAUGAACUCUUGUCAUUGGGCACGGCUCUGUUGUCUGCCCUGAGCACAGAUCCGGACAUGGCCUGUCAGCCCCAGCUCCUCACCACAAUCCCGCUUCUUCUGGGCAUCUUAGCAAACGGUCCCAUGAACCAACAGAAACAGGCAGCAGAGGAACAGAACCAAGCCGGAGAGAUGGGGCCGAGUCCAGAUAGUAAAAUCCACUUGGCAGAGAUUUCAAACCCAGGAAGUAAUUCCGCCAAUGUGGCCAAAUUGGCAAGAGAGACUGAGACAGGCAAGCAAAAGGGGGACGAUAACAGUGCAACAAAUGGAGUAUCAACCCCUCAAGAAGCCUCACCCUCCUCCAAGCUGGACGAGGCCUUGGCAGCUGACUGCUACCAGGUUCUGACAGCUGUGUGUGCCUUACCCAAGGGUCCUGACCAGCUGCUGAGCAGGGGUGCUGUCCCGGCUCUGUGCCAAGCAGUGGAACAAAACCAAACCUACAGCCACAAGAGGGGGCUUGCCUUGCUUGGUUGCCUUCUGUCAGGUAAAACCAAAGACAAAGCAUGGAGUAAACACCCUGCAGAGCUCCUCGCUCUGCUGGUCAGGCUCUCUAAAGACUUCUGCCAAUCCAAAGACCAGACCAAGCUGGAUAUGUGUUCCCAGUUGGUGCAGUUUCUCCCCCCGGCGGGAGUGGAAGUGGAGAGAGAGGAGCUGAAGGGAGUCGUGAGCCGUGUGUGGGGGGAAUUGAGACCCAUGAUGCAGGCUAAGUUGACGCCGAGGCAGAUCGGGCCAAUCCUGGUCCUCUGUGCGUGUCUGCUAGAUUUGUAUGGUUGGGAGCAGGUGGGACCACCGAAAUUCUGCUGCUUACUGGUGAACCGGGCCUGUGUGGAGGUCAGAAUGGGUUUGGAGGAACCACCUGGUAAUGAUCUGAGCCCAGAGCUGCAAGACACAAUCACAGGCUGUUACAGGAUCAUGGAGGCGGCCAUAGAGCAGGCCUGCUGUCUGGGCGUCACGCAGACCGCCGCACCUCCUCAGAGCUCCGUCUCCACGCUCAGCCUGCAGCAGAGCAGGCAGGUCCUCGGCGUGCUGGAGGAGGCCUUCUCUGCUGUAAUGUACCACUUGCAGCAGGUGGACCAAAGUCGCUAUGGCAACCCUUUUAUUUUCGCCACAUUCCGCUCUCUGUGCUCAUGGCUGGCAGAGGAGACGUCCUGUCUGAAGGAGGAAGUGACCGGACUGCUGCCGUUCCUGAUCGGCUACUCCCGGAGCCACAUGCAGGGAGAGAGCCAAGAGCAGCAGGGCCUCUCCGACUGGAUGGCCGACAUGUCCGUCGCCGAGGAGAGAGCGGCCUGGACGGGCAAAGAAGCUCUGAGGUAUCUCCUCCCAGCUCUGUGCCACCUGUCAGCAGAGGAAGGUCCCAGAAAGGUGCUGCUGACCCUCGACACCCCGGCGCUGCUGGUGGACUUCCUGUCCCAGAGCUGGACUUCCCUGAGGGGGAAAAGUGGAGUGGCAUCAGCAAGAGACCCCAGCAUGGAGACAGCCUGCUCGGCCCUCCUCAACUUCACCGUCACAGAGCCGGAGAGAGUCAGGAAGGACCCAUGUUUCAGAACUCUGGAAGCCCUUCUGAGUGAAACGCUUCCUGUUUUGGUGCAUAAACCCCGCCUCCUGGUCCUAGCAGCAAAUUACUGCACUUUGGGACUAAUGAUUGGCCGACUUAAAUCAGCUCCUACAGGCUCAGCGGAAGCGGGUCAGAGGCGGUUCUUCUCCACAGCUCUCCGGUUCCUCCGCGGAGCCCUGGACUCCGGCUCCGGCCCCGGACCGGUCAAGGUGAGCCUCAGCUGGGAGGAGAGUUGGGACGAGGCCGCGGAGCUCUGGAGGUUGAGUCUACAGGCUCUGGGAGGCUGCGUCCGCGCCCAGCCCUGGAUCACCGCGCUGGUCAGAGAGGAAGGUUGGCUCAAACACACGCUGGCUAUGCUGGCUCAGUGUAGCGCGCUACCCGACCAGCACACGCAGGAGGUGCUAGAAGAAGCCCUGUGCGCCAUGGCGAACCAAUGCACGCAAUGUAAGCAGGAGAUCGGAGACACGAUGAUGAGAAACCAUAAAGGAGCUUUGAGCUCUAUGAGGAACCUGAAGAAGUCGGUGGGAGUGAAGUGAAAACAAACUGCUGCAGACGGACAGUGAACUCUUUAACGGAGGUGAAAAUCAAGUCGCACUUAGAAAAUUAAAAAACAACACGACUAUCACUGAA